CUAGAUAAUCAGAGUUAAGUACGUCGUCCGAGUACGCUUAUAAAGUCGAGAGAGCAGUGGGGCAGGGGCAUUGCAUGAUUGGAUACCGGACUCUAUAGACACUGUACGAUUUCAUUUUUAUCAUAUACUAACCAGAGAAGUGAUGGCGCCAAUAAAUGUGAAUGACAUGGGAGUGAGCAAGGCUUACGCCCCUAAGGAAACGCUGCCCGAGGUCGAAGAAACCAAUGGAAAUGGAAAUUCUGCUACGGGAUAUUCCUAUGAAACUCUACUGGAGACAGCCAACUUCCUACUGUCACGCACCAGCAUACGGCCCAAAGUGGGCGUGAUUUGCGGUUCUGGGAUGGGUUCGUAUUGGAAAGAGGGUUCUUUAGCGGAAAACAUAAGUGAUGCAGAAAAGAUUCCAUACGAAGAUAUCCCUAACUUCCCAGUGAGUACAGUGGAAGGUCACCAUGGUCAGCUUGUGUUCGGAAAACUGGAAGGAGUACCAGUCGUCGCUAUGCAGGGACGGUUCCAUUACUAUGAGGGCUAUCCUCUUUGGAAGUGUUGCCUGCCAGUUCGUGUCAUGAAACUUUUAGGUGUAAAAACCCUCAUUGCCACAAAUGCUGCAGGUGGACUGAACCCAAACUUUAAAAUUGGAGAUCUAAUGAUUGUUAAAGAUCAUAUCAACAUGAUGGGUUUCGCAGGAAACAAUCCGUUACAAGGUCCCAAUGAUGAGAGAUUUGGUCCACGCUUCCCUCCAAUGAAUAAGGCUUAUAACUACCAUUACAGAAAAAUUGCCAAAGAGCUGGCCAAGGAGCUUCAAAUCGAGAAUAUUGUACGAGAAGGAGUUUACACGUGUUUGGGGGGCCCUAAUUUCGAGACGGUAGCAGAACUUAACAUGUUGAAGAUGGUGGGAGUAGACGCUGUCGGCAUGUCGACUGUCCACGAGGUAAUAACCGCCAGGCAUUGUGAUAUGAACGUCUUCGCUCUAUCUCUCAUCACCAACGAAUGUGUUACCAAGUACGACACGGACGACGAAGCCAAUCACGAAGAAGUACUCGAUGUGGGGCGCAUGCGGCAAGACAUUCUACGAAAGUUCAUGUCUAGACUCGUAAUGGAAUUAAACAAAAUCGAAACUUCUAAAAAAUAAAUAAUUGGUAUAAACAAACUGACACGAUUCCAUUUAUGUGGGGGAAUGCACGUGGAGAGGUAAACAUAUAAGAUAAAAUAGACAACACUUUUACGUACAUAAAUAGGCAAUAUAUUUUACAAAGAGAUCGCCACCUAUUUUUAUAAAAAUAUUUUUUUUUUUCGCUUUCCUAAAUCAACAACUGUUUAUGCUAUGGAUUCUCUUACAAAAUAAUGCAAACAAUUUGUGCUCCUAAAAUAUUUACAUUUUGUUUACAAUUCUUUACUACCUUAUCUGGGAUGCAUGCAUAGCUUUGUUAAGUUAAAGUAGACUUUAGAAUAAAAAUAUGUUUACAUCUAAUAUAGCUUAAGCUAUAGCUCAAGGUUUCCUGGGAUAUGAAAUCGGAAGUCGGUGAUAUGAAGGUAAAAAAGAAUGUAAAAAACUUGGGAGAUCAUCUCCAUUCCGUAUUAUUUCCCUUCUCAUACACUUGCACUUGCACUAUACCCGUCCGUGUUAAGUUUGCAUCUUGUAAAGAUUGGAUAUCUAACUUUUUUUUUGUCUUCUCUCUACUUUCAUUUGUCCUUAUUCAUCUUCAUCAUCAUUUAUGUUCAUAUCAUAGAGAAUGGUAAAGAAUAUAGUGAAGAUGAUUUAUAAUUAUGAUAUAGUUUAUACAUAUGAAUAAGAUUGUUAUGUGUAAGUAAAGAUUAUUUAUUAGUGCAGCACUAUAACACUAACGUGAUAAAAGAUCUGACUGUGUAAUAAAUUUGUUUUAAAAAUUGUUCAUAUAGGUUUUCAGAGAACAGUGACAAGCACAAAUAGAGAAUCCCGUGGGUGGCCUAUAGAUAUUUUACGCCUACGAAGUCGCGGGUUAAAGCUGGUACAAAUAAGUGAUAAAAUAUCUCGAAUGUUAUUUCUCAAAUAUUUUUAUUUUUAAGCUUCAACAAGAAAAGUUACUAUUAUGAAAAUAUGUUAUAGUAACAGAAAUAAUUUAAGUGAUAGAGCAAAUAUUGUAGCUUUUUAUAAGUUUAAUAAUUUUAUUAAUAAGUAAUAUAAGUAA